AUGGCAGCCCGCUAUGCAAUCCGUCAGGCCCGGCCAGAUGAACAGACGGCGUUGUUUGACCUUUGGCACGCGUCUGUGCAAGCCACACACAGCUUUCUAUCAGAAGAUGCACUUGCUGAGAUUGCCAUUGAGGUGAAAGACAAGUUCCUGCCAAAUGUUGUGCCCGAUGUCAUUGUGGAUGUUGGUGAUGACAAGCCUCUUGGCUUUCUGGCCAUGUCAGGAGACAGCAUCGAUGCACUCUUUGUUGAUGCGAAGUGUCAGGGCCAGGGCUUGGGAACGUUGCUCAUGGACGCGGCAAAAGCUGGCAAGAACUCGCUGACAGUGGAGGUGAAUGAGCAGAAUCCCAAAGCAUGGACUUUCUACCACCGUUGCGGCUUCGUCGAUAUCGACCGGAAACCUGUGGAUGAUGCUGGCCGGCCAUUUCCUCUCAUUGUGUUGAGAUGGACUCGUCCUGACCCAUCCAGCGAGUGA